ACGUCCUCACUCCCGUUCUUCUUUCCCCACUCCGCCUCACCUUCUUCCCCACCUACCCGCAAACCACACACAAUAUGGCCCGGGCGGCGGCGGACGGCAGGCCCGAGCGAAGGCGGGCGGAGGCCCCUGGCGGUGGCGGGCGGAGGCCCCGAGCGGAGGCGGGUGGAGGCCCCUGGCGGUGGCGGGCGUGGGCCCCGAGCAGAGGCGGACGGAGGCCUCGGGCGACGGCGAGCGGAGGUCCCGAGUGGUGGCGGGCGGAGGCCCUAAGCGGUGGCGAAUAGGAGGUGGAUCCGGCCGACGGCGAUGGAAGGCGCGGCGGAGGAGGAAAGGCGCGCUCGCUGCGCGCCGGAGGAGCCGCGGCAGGAUUGGGCUGCGGCUGGGAGGAGCCACGAUGGAGGAGCCGUGGCGGGGAGGAACCGCUGCAGGGAGAGGAAUGGCAGCGGCGGCGACGAUGAAGAGGAGCUGCCGCAGGGGAGUGCCCGUGCGCAGCGGGGGAGGAGCUGCAGGGAGAGGAAUGGCGGCGGCGGCGACGGUGAAGAGGAGCUGCCGCGGGAUCCACGCUGGAGGAGCCUCGCCUCCGUCGAUUCCCUUCCUCCGCGUCCAUUCUACGGCGACGUUCGUCCUCACCUUGGAUCCCGUCACCGGCGUCACGUCUGGCCACCCCAUGGAGGAGGUCGUGGCCAUGCCCGUUCUUGCCGGUACCAAGCAAUUGGUGUGCUACUGUACCAAAUGCUUGGCAACUUCAUCAGAUCCAUAACCCAUCAAUUGCCAUGGCUGAACUGUUUCCUUUUGCCAUGUUUGCCAUCUUCAUGCCAACCACAACCCAUCAUUCUGUAAUGGUACUAAACAUAGACAUGGCAACUCCCCCAUGUUCAAUCAGUCUAGUUUUGCCCUGUUCGUUUCAUGGUAGAUGGCAACUCACCCAUAUGUAUGUACAUUUUCCUACUUAACAAUUUGGCAUGCUACACACUAACUACAUGGCAAUUUCAAUGUUACUAUCAUGGCAAAUUUAACUCAUAUAACAUGGCAAAUCUAUCUUUUUUUUCAUGUACCACAACAUUAUUACUCCAUGUGCCAUGGCAUUUUGACUUUGCACUUGCCAUGGAAAUUUGUUUUUGAUCAUUUUGUUUGUGUUAUUUUCACAUACACGACAAUUUUAUUACGCAAAAGAUGGCAUUUUCGUUGAAACUAACAUCGCAAAAUGAAACAUGCAUUUGCCAUGGCAACAUUUGAUCAAUUUUUUUAUUACUUCACAUUCUUGGCAAUUUUCAUGUAAAAUUUGAUUAAAAAAACACGGCAAUUUUUGAUACAAUUCUGCCAUGGCAAGUUUCUCGUUCAUACUUGAUUCCAACUUUUUGUGUUUUUUUACACUGGCUAAAAUCAUCAUACAAAACACGGCAAUUCUUGAUACGAAUCUGCCAUGGCAAUUUUUCUUGUUCAUACUUGAUUUUGAACUUUGUAAACGGGGCCAUAACAAUUCUUCUUCUUUUUUACAACAUGGCAAUUUCUUUUUGAAUGGGACCAUGGAAAUUUUUUAGUGCAUGCAUCAUGGGAAUUAUAGUUUAUGGAUCAUGGCAUUUUUUAGUCUAUGCCUCAUACAAAUUUUCUAUUUUUGAAAGGGACCAUGGCAAAUCUUCUUUCAUGCCAGUUCGUGGAGCAGGGCAAUUUUUCGUCCUUCUUUGCAACAUGGCAAAUUUUCUUUUUGAAUGGGACCAUGGCAAACUUAGUGUAUACCAUGGCAAAUGUAGUUUACGGGGCAUGGCAAAUUUUCUUUCUUUUUUGCAACAUGGCAAA